AUGGCGACUCCUACUUUAUCAACAAUCCAAUCCUCACUUAAUCACAAAAUCUUGCGAUUAUCACCACCACAAAUGUCACCUAAACCUAAUUUGAUUGCAAUUCCUCGAAAUCUUAAAAUCUCCUGCGGUUACUCUUGCUUUGAAGUUAAGGAUGUUAGCUAUAGGCCUCCAGGCACUGAGCUUAAUCUUUUAAAUAAAGUUACCUUUUCGCUUCCAGAGAAAAGUUUUGGCUUGAUUUUUGGUCAAAGUGGAAGUGGAAAAACUACGCUCUUGCAGCUCCUUGCGGGAAUAAAUAAACCAACAUCGGGUUCAAUUUGUGUUCAAAGAUAUGACAAUGAUGGAAAUCCAAGUCAGUUGCCUGAACCGCUAUCUCCGGAAAGAGUCGGUAUUGUCUUUCAAUUUCCCGAGAGGUACUUUGUGGCUGACACUAUUGUUGAUGAAGUCACAUUUGGGUGGCCAAGGCGAAAGAGCAGCUUCCAAUUAAGGGAGCAUCUUGCUUUGAGUCUGCAAAGAGCUGUAAAUUGGGUUGGACUGAAUGGGAUCUCAUUGGAUAAAGAUCCUCACUCUCUAAGUGGUGGAUAUAAACGUCGGCUUGCCUUGGCUAUUCAAUUGGUUGAAGUCCCUGAUCUCUUGAUAUUGGAUGAGCCUCUUGCUGGUCUAGAUUGGAAGGCACGUGCAGAUGUAGUAAAGCUUUUGAAGCACUUGAAGAAAGAACUGACUGUCCUUGUUGUCAGUCAUGAUCUCAAUUUUGUACUAGUGCCAUUAAUGUGCUAUCAUAUUUUAGCUAUUCCAAUAACUGUACUUUUGGUUCCUGUUUCCAUACAUAGGGAGUUUGCAGCUCUAGUUGAUCAUUCUUGGAGGAUGGAAAUGGGUGGAUUUCUGACGAAAGAGCUCCUUUCAGUGCCUAUAGUCAACCUCCAGCCAGUGUUUUUAAAGCAUGAGGCGCACUUAGGUUCAAAGGAUUCUUGGAGCCUAGGCGCAAGGCGCAGGCACUCAUCUAGGCAAAAUAAGAGGUAG